CUCCUGUGCUCAGAAUCCUUUCCCAGAAGCUGAUGGUUUAUGGUAAUACUGCCUGGGCUCCUCCAAAACUUUUGCUUACCAUCUGGAGCAAGUCACAGGGCCCUCCCUCCCAGUUGCCUUCUCAAGGGUGGGGCUGGAGGCCUAAGAGCUACCUGGGAGAUUGAUUUUCCUUCAUACCCAGACAUAAACUGGACUUCACGCUUCCAGGAAAGACAGUGAGUGAGUCUCCCCUCUCUGUCAGCUGCCCUGAAGCCCUACCUGGGCUGCUGCCUCUGGACUGUGACAUCUUCAGCGCACCUUGAAUAGCAGGGCCAGUCUUGGGUAUGGGGCAGAGGCAGCUGCCCUGGACCUGGUGGAGCUGGCUGGGAAAGGUGUCCCCAGAGAACCCCUCUUCCUGAUGAGGGCCUGUUUCUCCUCAGUAUUCAACAGAUGCACGGAAAGACGGCUUCUUUGAAGAGCACGGAGAAACUAGGCAGGGUCCAGAGACCCCGAGGCUCCAGUCUGCACUGGCCAGAAGGCUUGAAGGGUGAAGACAUAAAGAAGUGCGGCCGAGAAGGGACGCUACUGAGAAAAUACAACCAGCAAUAUCACAAGCUGUUUAAGGACAUCCCCUUGGAGGAGGUGGUUCUCAAAGUGUGCUCCUGCGCCCUCCAGAGGGACCUCCUUCUCCAGGGCCGGCUCUUCAUCUCCCCCAACUGGCUCUGCUUCCAUGCCAGCCUCUUUGGCAAGGAUAUCAAGGUGGUCAUUCCCGUGGUGUCGGUGCAAAUGAUCAAAAAACACAAGAUGGCGCGGCUCCUUCCCAAUGGCCUGGCCAUCACCACCACCACCAGCCAGAAGUAUGUCUUUGUGUCACUACUCUCCCGGGACAGUGUAUAUGACAUGCUGAGGAGGGUCUGCACCCACCUACAGCCUUCCAGCAAGAAGAGUCUGAGUGCAAGAGAAUUUCUAGAGGAACCUGAGUGCAAGUCUCUGGAAGUCCUCAUCCCUGAGAUGAAAUGGAGAAAAGUGUGCCCUGCCUCAAGGUCCCCGUCCCUCCCAGACAACAUCCCUUGUAUCCCUCGGGCAUCCAUGGACUCCACAGAUGACUUCUUCCCCUCCAGGAAGCCUCCGGGGUCUGAGAACGCUGACUGUGAGGAGGAGAGGCUGGAGGACGCGCCCAAGAGCAACGGGGAGCAGAGGCUCUGGGAUCAUGGGCUCCUGAAGGUCUUCCUCGUGCUGAUCUGCUUCUUGGUCAUGUCCUCGUCGUACCUGGCGUUCCGCAUCUCCCGGCUAGAACAGCAGUUAUGCUCCCUGAAUUGGGGCGGCUCAGUCCCUGGGCACAGGUAACAGCCACUUGGCCUUUGUCCCCACUCCUCCAAGAAGAAUGCUCUGGGUGCUAAGGUGCCACCAACAAUCCACUUGGUUUAUGCUGCUGCUGUGCUGAGACUGAGUCUGAAAGAAAAUAUUGCAGAUCCCUUCUCCUCCCCCUAAGUCGUCUCCCUCCUUUAAUGAGUGACCUUUAGUACCUGUUUACAAAGCUCCUACAAUUUUGGGACUCGGACAAAAAGCCAGAUUUUUGGAUCUAGCUGAGGAAUUCUGUACACUAAGCCUCAGCAACCACUUAAAUG